UGCUGGACAGACGGACAGACAAACAAACCUUUGAGAGAACGAAUUGGGAAAGAAUGCAUUGAAGGAGAAACCCAGUCCCAACUCAGGCCCACUUUCUUUUUUCUUCUUCCCUAAUUUUGUACCCACACCCUCCUCUUUAUUCUCCAACUUUCCCAAAUUUCUUUGCCAAAACCCUAAAGUAUACACAGUCCCAUCUCUCCUCUCACUGUUCUUCAGCAUUCUAAAGCUUCUUUUUUGUUUUAAUUUUUAAAUAAAAGGUAAAAGAAAAGGUUCUCUGAUCAAAUAGAGGAAGCAAAAUUGUAUAUAUAUAUAUAUAUAUAUAUAUAUAUGUAUGUAUAUGAUCAAACGUGUAGAUGCAUGUCGGUGGAAUAACGGUGGAUCUCAAUUGGUUCCUUCAAUUAAUAUUCACGCUCUUUAUAAUAGCUUUAGGAUUGCUUCACUUGGUCAAGAAUACAGCGUCGAAGUACUUCGAGGUCGACGCCAAUUUCGAAGGAGGAGGUGGCGGCUCCACUUAUCGGAAUCGCUCGGUUCCUACCAUUCAUAUGGAAACGGAGGGUUCUUCUUGUGCCAAUUGCGGCAAUCAUGGAACCAAGAAGUGCUCCCGUUGCAAAUCUGUUAGAUACUGCUCAACAGAAUGCCAACAAGCUGACUGGAAAUCUGGGCACAAUUCAAAAUGCAAGGAUUUUGUCAGGUUAAAUUCAGCACAAAAUUCAAAAUCCAACUUUGGGUUAAAAGCUUCAGGUGUUGGGAGCAGAACUUUUUCUGGCAUUGCACUGGUUCCAGCCACUGGGUCCACUAAGCUUAUUAAGAAGCCAAGAGAGGUUCUUUUCCCCUAUGAUGUCUUCAUUAAACUUUACAAUUCGAACAAGGAAGCGUUCCCUCCUUGUGGACUCCUAAAUUGUGGAAACAGUUGCUUUGCCAAUGUGGUUCUGCAAUGCCUCACAUUCACACGACCUCUUGUUGGCUACUUAUUGGAAAAAGGUCAUCAAAGAGAGUGUAAACGCAACGAUUGGUGCUUUCUAUGUGAAUUCCAAGAUCAUGUUGAAAGAGUAAGCAAAAGUUCACAUCCCUUUUCACCUAUGAGUAUUCUAUCUCGUUUGCCGAACAUUGGUGGUAAUCUUGGUUAUGGAAGACAAGAGGAUGCUCAUGAGUUCAUGAGGUUUGCCAUUGAUAUGAUGCAAUCAGUGUGCCUUGAUGAAUUUGGGGGAGAAAAAGCUGUCCAUCCUGCCUCUCAAGAAACGACCUUUAUUCAACAUGUAUUUGGUGGUCAUCUACAAUCUCAGGUGAUGUGUACAAAAUGUGACAAGAUCUCAAAUCUGUUUGAAAAUAUGAUGGAUUUAAAUGUUGAAAUUCAUGGGGACGCUGCAUCCUUGGAGGAAUGCCUUGAUCAGUUCACAGCCAAAGAGUGGCUUCAUGGAGAAAAUAUGUACAAAUGUGAUGGGUGCAAUGACUAUGUCAAGGCAUGGAAGCGUCUCACCAUUCAACGGGCUCCAAAUAUUCUCACAAUUGCAUUAAAAAGAUUUCAGAGUGGGAGGUUUGGAAAACUCAACAAAAGAGUAACUUUUCCUGAGACAUUGGAUCUGAGCCCAUAUACAAGUGAAGGAGAUGGUACAGAUGUGUACAAGCUUUAUGCUGUUGUUGUCCACGUGGACAUGCUUAAUGCAUCUUUCUUUGGUCAUUAUAUCUGCUAUAUUAAGGACUUCCAUGGAAACUGGUAUAGAGUUGAUGACUGUAAGGUUCAAAGUGUUGAAUUGGAGGAAGUGCUUUCUCAAGGAGCUUAUAUGCUUUUAUACAGCAGGGUUUCUGUCAGACCAUCAUGUCUUAGAACCAUGGAACCUUCAAAAGAGCAGCCAACAACAGAAACGGAAUUAGGAAGCUGCAAAAAAGUUGAUUGCUUCUCAGUUGUGGAUGCUGUAAAAGCUACAAGCACUACUCAGUCACUAGCAUCUGAAAGUAAUUCAGAAUUUGUAAAUGAACUUGAACUUGCAUCAAGUUCAGCGGUUUCAGUGGAUGUUUCAUCCUUGGAAAAUGAGUUGUCUUCUAGAGUUGGUCAGGAUAUGAAUGUUGACAAGUCAUUACAUUCAUCUGGUACAGUGGAGGUCGACUGUGAUAGGUCUAUAACAAUUGCAUUAAAUUCUGAAGCUGCAGCUGAAGAUUCAGGGAAUAUGAAUGCAAUUCAUUCAGAUUCUAGUACACCUUUUCCAAUGGAGAUUUCUGACUGGGAGAAGGAUUCAUCUUGUGCAACCAACUCGAAAGCCGUUGCCAUAGAAGAUUCAGUCAAUGCACAUCCAGUUAAUGGUCAACUGCAGAGAAGCAGCAGCAGCUGCCUUUCGGGAGAAUGUCGGAAGACAAGGUAAUUACCCUCCAACAACAAUACUGCAGAGUUUUUCACUUUCAUCACAAGUAAGCUCUUACCCCCAUAUAUAUAUUUUUUUCAUAAUAGUGUCUGUUUACUAUUGCCGCCACUGUAUUCUGGUGCUGCUACUAGUAUUUUUAUUGCCGGUACCCUUUUUUUAAGUGGUGUGAUGUAUGGGUAAAACGCUACUGAUCCUUAUUCCCUGAUAAUAAAGUUCCUAAAUGCAUUAUUGUAUUCACUUCUUGGAUAUAUAUGGUUCUGAAAUAUUGGUGUUUCCUGUAUUAAGUGUCAUUUGAGUGUAUGAUGCAUUGAUGUGGGAAUGUCUAGCGGAGUUAAUUCAAGACCAGUUGUAGUAUGAAAUUGGGCUAGUCUAGUUUUGUUGCUAUAGAACCUGUAAAAAGGUAAAGAAGAAAAAAGGAUUUUAUGUAUGGAAAUUUUUCUCAAAAAAGGCCCAAGCUUUUAUUUGAUGAUGGAUUCUGUAUAAGUUUGACUUCUAUUCUUCAGGUACUGGAAUAAGAGAUGACGAGGCAACAAUAAUAAUGAGCUGAUAGGGGGUUGUUGACUACGCAUACUGAUGACAAUUUAAUUUGCUUUUGCCUGUAACUUUAGCUUUCUUAUCUGUUUGUGGCUUUCUAUUUCAUGCAUGAUUGAUUGUAUAUGCGGAGUAUGUUGCAAGUUUUAUGAACCAUCACCUCCUUGGUCGUCUGAAGCCUCCUGCCUACUUAUAUUUGUUUUAACCAUCUUAUUUUGUAGAGACAAGUGUUUACGUGUUCCAGAUUAGAAACAUCCUAAUUAUUUUUAAUUAUGGUCUUCUAUUGUAAGUGCACAUGGAUAGAGUGGCUUUCUUAUUAGUGAGCAUGGCUACGUGCAAAUUCUGAUUUUUUUUCGUUCAUAAAGUUGCUAGGCAAUUCAAGAUAAAUCCAAAGAUUAUCAGUAAAUCAAGGUUUUUGAUCUAGCUAAUGUUUUUUGUUGCAUUAGCAUGCAAGGUUGAUGCAUAUGAUUGAGCAUGAGCAUGUAUGUUUAUGCGACUGAAAUAUAUGAUGGAAUAGGAAUAUUCACAUCUUGUUUUACUAUUUGUUUGUUCUCCAUACAACGCAGGUGGGUUCAUCUUCUUACAACUUAAAUUGCGUUAUAGAAAUAUUAGCCUGUCCAUUUGUCACGCAACUUUUACAUGCAUGAGAGAGAAUGAAGGAGAAGAGUUUAAAUGCGUUUAAUUAAUUCGUAUCUUGCGUUUUCAUCAUGUUUGAUGUACAAGGCUAAAGGAUUUGUAGACAGCUUUCUAAAAAUGUCUCAUUGAUCUUUACUGUUAUAUUUGAAUCUUUAAUUAAUUCAUUAUAAUUCUCUGA